CUUGAGUCACUGUCAAGGAAUGACGAAUGUUGAAUUUUUGAUGCUUUGGCUGGGAUUGGAUGAAGCAGAAUAAGUGCUCGUGAUUUUACAUAAAAUACUGAAUAAUCGUGAAUUUAAAUUUUACUCGCUGUUGGUAUCUACUUCAACAUGUCCUUACUCAACCACUCUCGGGUUUCUAUUAGUGUGAUUGCCAUAUUUAGUUGUUUGCUAUUCCUAGCUAAUAAUUAUGUGGAAGCUAAUGAAAAUGAAGCAGUGAGUGCCUCAAAAAUAGGCCGAGGAGUUGGGCAUAUCAUGAACAUCUACUACUGCUAUUCGUGCGGGUACAGGAAAGUGUUUGAAGACUAUGCUGGAAUAAUUUCCCAAAAAUAUCCUGACAUCUCUGUUAUUGGUGCCAACUAUGACCCUCCUGGCAUGAACAUGUACCUCUCAAGGAUGAUAGGUUUUGCAAAAAUGUUGCUGAUCAUGUGCAUAUUGAGUGGAGUGAACAUAUUUGCAUGGCUCAAUAAGCCACAGCCUGCCUGGUGGAGUUGGUGCCUGGAGAACAAGCUAUAUGCCUGCAUGAUGAUGUUCUUCCUUGCCAACAUGCUUGAAGGCCAACUUGUCUCAUCCGGAGCAUUUGAAAUAUCUCUAGAUAACAUUCCACUAUGGUCUAAGCUAGAAACUGGAAGAAUUCCUCAACCACCAGAAUUGUUUCAGAUAAUUGAUAAUACAUUACAAUUCUCUAAAAUGGAUAUGCCAAAGAACUUUGCGCAAUAGGGUUUAGGGUUUCAAUGGUAAUUAGGACAUCUUAUUAUUUUUAUUUUCUUCUUCCUAUGUUUAUUACUUGCAGAACUAUGAUCAAAUUAAUGUAACUUGUUUCAACCCAUACUAAAGUAUUUAGUGGAAUGUUUAGGCUAGUGUAACUGACCUACCUAUUGCAUAGUAUUCAGCCAAUAAAACAAUUUUUGAUAAUAAAAUAAACACUUUUAUGCAGACGUAAUAAGCAGCACCUGCACUGAUUGCGGAGCAAACCUGAACAAUAGGCAGAUAGGUUAUCACUAAACCGUCAGCUCUACUUAAUACUGUAGUAUGGAGCUUAAAAAGUAUUGUCAAUGUGGCAUACCAUUUAGGUAUGUUUGAGUUUUAGAUAGGUCGUUUUGCUUCACUAUGUGGGUAUUCAAAAGAAAAUAACUGCUCAAAAAGUAUUUUCAAAACGAUCCAAUUGGGUUUAUUUGAUACCUAAAAUUAGGUAUAUAUUUUUGUUUUAUUGCAUUUCCGGUUAUAUUUUUGUACAAAGAUGUGGUAUUAUUUAUAGUAAUUUUGUUAAAGUACUAGAAUAAUGUGAUGUAGAUUCGUGAAAAACCAUAUUUGGUGUUUGCAAAUUGAAGCCAAAUGAGAAAUCGAAGGAUUAUGUUUUAUUUAGGGAUGGAUAUUGGAAUGGAAAUUUGUUAUUUUUUAUGGAAUUAUAUUUAAAAAAACGUUUCACAUAUUCACAUACAGUUUAAACACCUUUAUUAUUUAAAAACAUUGCAUUUAGAGAACAGUUAUUUACAAGACGAAGACAACAGUAAUUUUCUAGUCACAUCAUAUUCAACUACUUACUGUACCAACAAUAACACAAUGUCAAACACAUCUUUUUAAACCACCAAUAAAGUGAUUUAAAACAAGGAAA